ACACCUUUCACUUUCAUUUAUCAGGAAGACGCAGCAAACAGUGUCGAGCCAAGUGAAGGAAGAAGUCUGCCAAAAUGUCAGCAAAUGACACAGAGGAGGCAAUGGACUGGUCUGAUGGCAAUCAUUUCCAGCAGCCUCCAACGUCUGUGAAGAAUUCUUCUGAGAACAAAGAUGAAAUUCAAGUCACUCUCUCAGUCAUGUGGUCAGAGGAUGUUCAACCACCAAAAUUUAAAGUAGAACUGGAGAAAGCUCUGCAGACCUGGGCCAACACCAACGACACAUUUGAAGGGGACUGCAAAGUUUUAAACGUUUUAGAAGAUGGGACUGCUGUGAUCAGUCUUAAUCCUGCUUCAGCCCAGAGUGAGCUUCAGAAACUGAGUGGACAACAGCUGUCCACGAAAGAUGGAAAAACAUUUUCAAUAAAGUCUGUUAGUUUGACACCGCCAGAGCUUACGACACAAACGUCUGCUUCAAUAAAACCCCCUCCUUCAUCUGUGCCAGAGCCAAAAGAUGAUCAAAUGCAACUGGAGGAGCAGAGCGGUGCAGCUUCUUCAGAGGGAGAGGAGACAUGUACUGUCUCAGUGGGCCAUUUCUGGUAUGUGAACCACAUCUUCAAGGAGGAAGUUAAACGUAUAGCAAAAGAGAGGGGAGUUACAAUCACAGCAGAUGUAAAUGUGAAAUUUCAAGCAGCCCGGGGAGAUGGCAGCCCACAAGAAGCUCUCUCUGAUUUUACAAACCUUGUCCAGAAGUGCUUAGGUGAUUCAGAUGGCUCAACUAUUCCUCUUCAGCACGUGGAUCAAGAUGAGUGGAAAGACGUUCUAAAAUUUGCCAAGCAGAAGGAGAACAAGUUUUUGCUUACUCUGUCCUCUGAAGAAAUUACCGUAUGUGGGCCGAGACAAAGUCAAGAUGUCCUCAGAAAGUCCUUAAAUGCAACACUUCACAGCACCUCCAUGGACGAGUCUACAUUGGCGUCCGAAGAUACUUCAAUGAAUAUCGGCAUGAGCAUCAAAGACCCUCUCGUCAGUGCUGGACUCCCCAUAGAAGAGAGCUACUGGAAGCUGAUGACUUCUUCCUAUGAUGAGCAAAUCACUAAGAUCAAAACUAAGUUUGGCGUGGACUUGAAAGUAUCAGACAGCAGUCAAGGCAAAGUGGAAGUCAAAGCUUACCACAAAAGAUCUGGAGGAAAUGCGUCAAUGGAGAGCCACGCUGUCAGAUCUCUUCUCCAUCUGUACCAGAAGAUUGUAACAUCACCCUAUAGUUUCACCCGACAACUAGGUGCUGCUGGGUUCAGUAACUUGAUGUCUGAGGGAGCCUCCGGCGGACCUGUGUUGAAUGGACAAUCAGGAGACAAGACUGAUGCAGCUAUAGAGGAGGGGGCAGCAGCAGGAGAUGAUAAAGAUGAAAACUGUCCUAUAUGCAUGGAUAAAUUUAAGAAUAAGAAAAAGUUGAAGUGUAAACAUGAGUUUUGUGGAGAAUGCCUGGCACAUUCAAUGGAAAGCAUGGGACCUACCUGUCCUGUUUGCAGAGAAGUUUUCGGUAUGAUGGAGGGAAACCAGCCAGAUGGUACAAUGAAGUCGUGCACAAAUUUCUGGUCUCUCCCUGGAUUCCCACUCUGUGGCACUAUAACCAUCACAUACGACAUUCCAAAUGGACGUCAGACGGAAAAGCAUCCAAAUCCUGGACAGUUCUAUCAUGGUAUUAACAGAACAGCAUAUCUGCCAGACAACAAAGAGGGCCAAGAAGUGCUGCAUCUGUUGAAGAAAGCAUUUAAUCAGAAACUUAUUUUCACUGUUGGGACAUCCAGAACAACGGGCAAGGACAACCAGGUGACCUGGAAUGACAUUCACCACAAGACCAGCAUGUCAGGAGGCCCAGAGAGUUUUGGGUAUCCUGACCCCAGCUACUUGAGCAGAGUCAAGGAGGAGCUGAAGGCUAAAGGCAUAGAGUGAAGACUUUGAUUUAAAGGGGCUGAGGAAAGUUAUUUUCACACAAAAAAAUUACGAUGAUUAUGUUAAACAACACUGGAGUGCGCAUUCUGUUGUAUUGUGUACUGCUUCUCGCAUUUUAAGUAAACAUUGCUUUGAGGUUUGCUGGUAAAAUACAUCUUUAGGGUUUAUGGUUUAGUAACAUGUAUAAUCCUUAUCUAAUAAGUGUAACUUUUUUGAUGAAGGAUUUCCUCAAUAUUUUGUUGAUUGGUAAAAUUACCCAACUUAAAACAGUGUAAGCAUGACAUUAGCAUAGAUAAACUGAUUUUGAUGUCUACAGUACACACAAUCCAAUUUACUGGUCCCCUAAUAAAUGGUUAAAUCAG